GCGGCGAGGAGGGGGGGCGGCAGGGACGGGUCUGUCAGGGCGAGCCCCCCGCCACCAUGCCCAAGGAGCGGCCGCUUUGGCGGGGCCCGGCUUUCCGCCUCUGCCUGCUCUCGGCCGCGCUCUUCCUCUGCCUCCAGCUGGGGAUGAGGCGAUCCUGGUGUCCGGAGGAGAAGCCGCGGGUGCCGGCGGCGGGGCGGUCGCUGCCCCCGGCCCAGGGCACGGAGCAGCAUCAGCAGCAUCAGGCGGGCAGGCGGCGGGUCACCUACGUACGGAGCGGCCGGCGGGGGAGCGAAAGUCCCGGGGGCUGCUGCCCCCUGCAACCCCCGGGCAUCCGCCGCAGGAAGACUGUAAGAUGGCACAUUGAACUACAACCCUGGGCAAGUCCAACUCCUUCCCUCAACUAUGAGGCCUUGAGGUUCCUGAAGUACAUUAGCACUUCUCAGAUUUCAUGUGAACACAUGAACCUGAGCAGCCUGAGAGGGUACUCUGAAACCACAAAGAAGCCCUGGUCGAUCUGUCUUGACGAGAGGUUUAGCCUCAUUCAUCGAAUCAGAAGCAAGCAGUGCCGUCUCUAUUCCCUUGGGCUUGGCAAUGAUGACAACCAGUUUGAGACCAGCAUGGCCAACAGUGGAUGUGAAGUGCAUCGCUUUGACCCCAGCAUCAAGUCAGCACACAUUCAUGAGGGUCAGCACCUCUGGUAUCAUCGCCUCUCCAUUGACUGGAGGGAUCCAAAUCCAGCCAUUGCUGCUCAUAAACUUCACAGCAACACGAAGAAGCUGGGCACAAUAUUGAAUGAAUUCGGACAUCAGAAGAUUGAUGUCCUCAAGGCAGAUGUGGAGAGUGCCGAGUGGAAGAUUCUGGAAAACUUGAUCCUGGAAGAUGUUGUUGAGCAGAUAGGACAGCUGGUUGUUGAGGUGCACGUCCACUGGCCUGGGUUUGAGGUCAGUGGCAAUGACAGCACUGUGGUGCGGUACUGGUACAGUCUGCUCCGAGAACUGGAGUUGAAGGACUUCAGGCUUUUCCAUACCUACAAAGACUUAUCAAAGCCACAGAUGUUUCUGAAAAAGGAAGCCUUCAAUGCCAGUAGCUGUUACACACUGAGCUGGGUAAAUACACGAUGGAAAUAACUGAAAGGAAUUUAUGAUGUGUGACUGUGAGCCAUCUGGCUCUGUAGCAUUAUUGAAAAGGACUUUGGCGUCACUGGCUAGAGCUGCUAAAAUAUGCAGACAGUGACUGCUAACAAAAUGGUCUGGCUUUUAUUUUUAUAUAUUAUGAAAAGAACUGGCAUCAGGAGAAGAUACAUGGAGCAAAUUUGUAUAGUGGUGUCUUUGCCAGCGGGUACACUGUCUCAGAGGGCAGAGGCUUCUGUAAAGGUUUGUCUGGAGAGCUAACAGUGUGUGCUGGAGUGUGCCCAUGUGGAGGACAUGGCUCCAGGGCUGCCUCAGGAUGCUCUGCUCACUGAGCUGCACUGAUCCUUGCAUGGGAAAGUGCUUGUGAGGAGGUGCCUUUCUCAGGAAGGAGCAAGUAUUACUUCUUUGUAAAGCAAGCAUCUUUUGAUUUGCACCUUCUUUGGCCUUGUUUCCCAUGGAACAAAUUUUAGGCAAGCACAGUAUAUUCUCUCAACCCACUGGCAAAUUUCAGCUGAAUGUGGCAGAAAUCACCACCAAACUACAUUCCUAGCUGUUUGAUGGAGCAGCUUCUGAGUGCUCUUACUUUGCCUCUUUGAGGCAGUCUGGCUGUAGGAAGCAAGUACAGUGCUUCUGACACCAGGAAUGAACGGGACAGAGAUAUUCAGCUGCAGGAAGAGCUGUCCCCAGAGCUCACCCUCCUCACCUGCCAGAGCCUUCAUCCACAGAAGACAGGGCUUCCCUAGUUCGUCUGCUCAGAGAAUGGGUUGUUCUAAAAUACUCUUGCAGUGGCUCCAGCAAAUGUUUCCUCAUCUAGCGAGAUGCUUAUUUAAAAGAGCUGAAAGUGAAACCUGGUCUUUUUUUUGUUCAUUUUUUGUGGGGUUUAGUUGAAUGUUUGGCUGUGAGCCUUCUUGGAUUUCUGAUGCUUCCACACCACUGCCCUAUCCUGGCUGCCUUUUCCUGACACAAGCAGGCCAGCCCCUGGCUCUGCACCAGUGGUGAUGGAGGCAGUGGCACAGGCAGGUGUCUGCUCUGCAGCUGUGCUGGGGCUCUGCAGCCCGGGGUGGCUUGACUGCCACUCCCAGGAGGCAGCUUUGGCCAUUCCCUAAGGAGCUAAGACAAGGUGAAAGCUAAAAUAUAUAUAGCAGGUUAGUGGUUUUUUCUUCCUCUAAAAUAAUUUUUACAUUAAACUUUGUAUUAAAAUGCAAGAUGACACCACUUCCAUUGUCUUUGAUGAUGCCUUUGUAACAGCCUUUGGUUUCUGGGGCUGGAGUAGGUGAUCUUUAAAUGUCUCUUCCAACCUAAACGAUGCUGUAAUUCUGACUUCUGCAGGGCUCAGAAGGGUUCCUCCCCUUGGUGUGCCUCAGCCCAGCCUUGUGUUUUUAAUAAAGUCCAUCUCUGUCCCCAUGUUGAUCCUUCUCUUGUAAUUCUGGCAUUUCUC